AUUCUGCCUGUUGUAUUCUCUGGUGGCCUCACUUCUCCCAGACUUUAUCCUUCGUAAUUUAAAAUAUUAUCCUCAUACUUAAUACAAUUCUUCUGCCUUUCUACGCUGAAGCAACUCUCCCUGGACAAUAUCUGGCCUCUUAAGACUCUGAAAUGAAUGUUGACUUCCGUUCUGUUCUAAACAUCUGAGUCUCAAAGAUCCUUCAAGAUGAGGUUACUUCUCUGGGCCUGCAUCAUGUGUGUCGCUUUUGCAAAGAGGAGAUGUUAUCCAUUCAUCCAUAAGAAAUCGCCCUUGUCCACUGAAGAGGAUUACUUUGGAAAUCGCUACCCACUUAAUCCAUCUCCGAAUAUCCCAUAUGGCCUAUGGAAUGAUAAUUUGCCACCUUUUCUUUUGCCUCCUCUUAACACUCAACAAGGAAAUGUCAUCACCAAAUUUCCUGGAAGUUCUGAGUUUGAAAGAGGGCUGUCUCUAUAUCCUUGGAUUCCCACUUCUUCUAAACUUCGCUAUAUAUACCAAAGUCUUAACUACCCCGCUGAUGCACCAAUGAACGGCCCUGCGAUAGUUCCUCUUCCUCCUCCCCGACCUUUUCCUCCCAGGCCAUAUCCCUUUGUGAUACCUCCAAAGAUUUCUGUCCCCUCACCUGUUGGACCUGAGCCUGCAGCAGCUUCUGCUGUACCUGCUAAAGGCGAAGGCCUGGGACCUGAGUUCCCUGUAGACAAACCUAUUUCAGGUCUGCCUCCAGCAGUCAAAUUUAGAACAUCCAUGCCACCCCCUGAACCCAAGCCUCUUGCACCCGAGCCUGCUCCAGCCCAGUUUGGUGCACCUGAGCCUGCCCCAGUCCAGUUUGGUGCACCUGAACCUGCUUCCCCCCAGUCAGAGGUGACUGUGCCUGCUGCAGCCCGCCCCAUGGCACCUGAAUCCGCUCUACCUCUAUCUGUGGGAGCACAACCUAUAGUAGCUGAAUCCCCUGUAGGCCUGUCUUCUGAAAACAAACCUACUUCAGGUGAGCCUGCUGUAGCACAGUCUCUGCCGGCCUUGCCUGCUGCAGGCCUAGCUGCUGAAGCCAAGCUUCCUGGAGCAAAUUCUGCUGCAGGCCAACCUCCUCCAGCUGAACUGAUGGCGAGCCAGUCUGUUGUGGGAAAACUUAUUACAGCUGAGCCUACUGAAGCAAAACGGGAGGGAGCUGAGCCUUUUGAGACCAAAGCUGCUAGCCAAGAACCACAGCCUUUUUUUAACCAGAUGUCGAUGAACAAAUCAAAGAAAUCAAACGUUCUUUCUUUUCUCAACAAAUAGUUUCCCAUGUUUUAUUAAAACUAUCAAUCUCUCC